AUGUUAUUUUAUGGUUUCCUUAAUAAAACGACUAUAACAUUGCAUCGUGGUCAUUAUCAGCAAUUUUCUCUUUCACAUUUAACAUUAGAAGUCUAUUCAGAUAUGGAAUUCUAUGCAAUUGAGUACUUAUUCAAACACUUAUCGAAACUUGAACAUUUAACAUUUAAAUCCACAGAGACUAGCAGGUUCUGUGAUGGGACUCGUUGGAAACAAAUAUUAUCAACGUUGAUUAAAUUGAAAACAUUUAAUUUAUUUAUGGAAAUUUAUAAUGCACCAAGGUGGCUUAAGAUGGUUGACGUUUUAAUAUCAUUUCAAACUGCAUAUUACCGAGAUCACAAAUGGAAUUUUGAAUAUGUUAUUCAUAAAAAACUAGAUUAUUUUCGGUUUUAUUCAUUACCAUAUUAUGAGAAUAAAAUGUGUAUUGAUUAUGAAAUAUUUGAAACAAAAUCAACAAGGUAAAACUUUCUUAUGAACUAUUCACAAAUAAAUAUAUCAAUUUUCUUCGCGUCACUUAGAUAUUACCGCUUUUUCAACUAUUGAUGGUAGCUAAAUCAGGCCAUUCCACUAACGAGGGAAUCACCCGAGGUGAU